ACGAUUCAGUUUUUUACAGUUUUUAUCAAGAAUUCAAUAACGAUCAACGAUGAAUUCUACUUUAGUCUUCAUAGUUCUAAUUUCCGUCAGUCUUGGAUCCUGUUUCUCUAUCAAUCAAAGACAUGACCAGUUGUUUGAAGAUAGCGUUAAAUUUCCUCAAAAUACAUGGUUUAGUGGUUUUUCGGAGCGGAUAGUUGGUGGAAAUGAAGCGUUAGAUGAACAGUUUCCCUACCAAGCAGGGCUCAUGCUUCAACAAACUGAUCGGAAUACUUGGUGUGGGGGAUCAAUUAUCGACCGUAGAUGGAUCCUUACAGCUGCUCAUUGCUUAUAUGAAGCACUUAGCGCUAAGGUUCAUUUGGGGAUCCAUAAUAUCUGGGCAACUAAUGAAAUUGGUCGCCAAAUUAUCGAAGUGUCAAGUGACGGUUUCAUAAUUCAUCCAGGUUAUGACAAUGUGUUGCAUGCAGACGAUAUUGCUCUAGUUAAGUUGCCAAUAGACGCAAGGAUCAGCCCUGGUAUUAAAAUAAUCGCACUGCCUCCAUCUAAUACCGAUAAUAGCUUCUUUGGUGAAACUGUUGUAGCAUCUGGUUGGGGGCGUGAUUCUGAUCAGGCAACUACAGUAUCACCAGUUCUUAGAUAUGUCGAACUAACGGUCAUUUCCAAUGAUCGCUGCUCCGUAUAUUUUGCGGGAUUGAUAAGGCCUGGUAAUAUAUGCACAGACGGGGAAUCAUUCAAAUCGCCUUGCAACGGAGAUUCUGGUGGACCUUUGGUUUUUGGAAGCGGUAAAAACAAAAUUCUGAUCGGAUUAACUUCUUUCGGAAGUGGCCGUGGAUGCGAAAAAGGAUACCCUGCAGUAUUUACACGGGUUACACAUUACCUCUAUUGGAUAAAACAACAGACAGGUAUAUAGAGGACAUUGAGAUAGUAGUCAUAGGAAACAGGAAGGCUUUGACUAUAUAUUUAAUAUUGUAGUGAUUACUAAUUUAACUGUAAUUUACAUUGAGCUCAAAUUAAUAAAAUGUA